AUGGCAACUGAUCAAGACGUUCAUGAAAAUGUCAAGAAAUACUAUGGCAGUCAGUUGGGAUCAUCUUGUGAUUUGCAAACUAGUGCUGCCACAUGCAAUAAGUCCUCCUCCAUGCCACAGAAUGUCAGAGGGGCUCUCAGUCUUGUUCAUCCAGAGGUGAUCGAAAAGUUUUUUGGUUGUGGACUCCCGUUUCCUGCUAAGCUGCAGGGAUGCAAAGUCUUGGACCUUGGCAGUGGUUCUGGCAGAGAUUGUUUUGCCUUUAGUAAACUUGUUGGCCCAAAUGGACAUGUCACUGGGAUUGACAUGACAGAAGAAAUGAUCACUGUGUCACAACAGUAUGUCAAAUACCAUCAGGACAAGUUUGGUUAUUGUAAACCUAAUGUCACUUUUAUUCAUGGCUACAUGGAAAAACUAAGAGAAAGUGGUUUACAGAAUGAUUCGUUUGAUGUUGUUUUGUCUAACUGUGUAAUAUGCCUAUGUCCUGAUAAAUGGUCUGUGUUGAGCGAAGCAUACAAUGUGUUAAAGGAAGGAGGUGAGCUGUACUUUAGUGACUUGUAUGCCAGUAAACCUGUUCCAGAUGACAUGAAGCAAGAUGCAGUUCUUUGGGGUGAAGGAAUGGCAGGUGCUCUCUAUUGGCAAGACUUUGUUUCUUUGGCUCUUAAGGUGGGGUUUAGUGCACCCUACUUGGUGUCUGCCAGCAAUAUUAUAGUAUACAAUGAUGAGCUCAAAGCCAAAACAGGCGACAUUCAGUAUGCUUCAGCAACCUACAGGCUUUUUAAGCUGCCAAAAUCUCCACUUUGUGCCGGAGCUGAAGUGACAUACAAAGGCACUAUUGAAGAGUUUCAGGACGAGCUUAACUUUGAUUCUUCCCACAGUUUUAAGAAAACUGUCCCAAACAAAGUCAAGGGAGAGAUGGCACUGAUUCUGCAGACUUCUCGCUUCUCUCCUGAUUUCAAUAUUGAGAUUCUGGAUACUCCCAGCACCUGCUCAGGGUCAUCACAACAGCUCUGUCAUCUGAGUCCUUUCCUGUUGGCUGAUAAACUGGGAUCUGCUGUGAGACAAUGCUCCAAAACUGGCAAAUAA